ACAUAUUAUACAAAAUGAUUUGCUUUUUAAAUAAGCCUUUAAACAACAACAACAACAAAAUUCCAAAGGACAUGGUGGCAUACACCUUUCAUCCCAGCACUUGGAUGCAGAUGCAGAAAGAUCUGAGUUCUAGGCCAGCCAGAGCUACAUAGUGAGCUAGCGUGUCAAUAAAACAAACAAAACUCCCCAGUCUGACCACUGACUACACUAAUUUGGCUUCCUUCUUUGGGAAAUGUCCUAGAACACCUGGGCUUUCCAAGAAAAUGAGAAACUUAAAUCCUUUAAAAACGGGGUUGGUUAAGCUAUCUAGAACAGCUUUUCCCGAAGGGACAAAGUCCGGAUCAACAGGUUCCUUUCCCAGCUGCCCCUUGAUCGCCCAACUCAGCAAGUAUCAAGAGGUUUCAAAGGUUGAGAUCUCAACCCCAUCUCCUUCUGUUGGUUCAAGAUAUAGCAGAUUGAAGGCCUCAGGAAAAAAAAAAAAAAAGUGGAGGAAAAUGGGGGUGGGAGCAUGUAAAUCAUUUUCAACAAAAAGAACAGUCAAGCUUUGGAAUAUAUAGCACAAAACUCUGUGGGAGGGAGCAAGGAACAAAUCAGGGGAAAAUGAAGAAGCUGUGAACUGCCUUUGGCCUUUCUUGACAAGCUUACAAAGCAUUAAGGGAAGAUUUGAUGGAUUUAUUAUUGAGCAAUUCAACUUGAAGACUUCUGUUCAAAUUUCAACAUCAAGGGAUAAAACCUCUCUGCUUCUCACAUAAUGGAUUGGUUUCAUUGCAAUCAGUGUUUCCGGAAAGAUGGGUCCCAUUUCUUUGUCACCAGCUGUGGCCAUAUUUUCUGUAAAAAGUGUAUGACUCUGGAAAAAUGUGCUGUUUGUGGAAGUCCUUGCAAGCAUCUGGCGCUUUCUGAUAAUCUAAAGCCUCAAGAGAAGAAGUUCUUCAGAAGCCCUGUAGAGACAGCUUUGCAGUGUUUUAAUCACAUCUCUCAGGUGUGGUGCUUCCAGAAGAAACAAACAGAUCUUCUUAUUGCCUUUUAUAAGGACAAAAUUACAAAGUUAGACGCAGCUGUGAAGGAAGCCCAGCAAACGGUGGCCAGCCAGAAUAUAGAGCUAUCAGAAUUGAAAAAGGAGAAUAGAGAACUGAAGAAAUUUCUAGCCAUCUUAAAGGGAUCGCCAAGCUGCUACUACAGAAGCAGGUUAACCACACCUCGACCAGUGGGCAUUACUUCUCCAUCACAACCAGUUGCUCCACGACCCAGUUCCCAGCAUAGCAGCCAAGUGGUCAGCCGCUCUUCUUCUAUGGAGUCUAUCCCUUGUACAGUGGGUAGCAUUGGUAAUGUGGGUCAGGGAAGCAGAGGCCUGCAGGAAAGGAGCACGCCCAGAGACUCGUAUACUGAAACCCCUUCACCAGCUUCAACUCAUAGCCUCUCUUAUAGACCUUCAUCUGCCUCCUCUGGACAAGGGGUUCCUUUUAGAUCAUUCCUCAGUGGAAAUUCAGGCCACACAAGAGUCUUCACUCCCAGCAAUUCAGGUCAGCCGGAAAGCAGAUCCACACCAGAGAAUCUUCCUGGUUUUCAACUUCCAGUCCUACAGACAUUCUACCAACAGAGGCAGAUGGGAUUAACCAGGAGAGACGGAUGGAGCAUCUCCAGAUAGAAGUCCCCCUUCCAGGUCUGCCCUGUGCGUGGUGCUCACAGAUGUGCUGCAGUCCAGUACCACUAGAGGAUAGGAGCUUGGAACAUGUUUUAUUGUGCGGCUUGUUCUCUUGAACUUUCUUAUGUAUUUUUUCCUCAAACAUUUAAAAUUAAAAAAAAAUAUAUAUUGUGUCUGUGUGAGGAUGUACCACUUGCCUACGGGUGCUUACAAUGCAUGUACCCUUGGAGGCCAAAAGAAGGCGGGUGGGCAGUUUGUGCACUGACUGACGUGUGCUGGGGAACCCAGGUUGGGCCUUCAUGAAGAGCAUAAAGCACACUUAACUGCUGAGCCAUCUCUCCAGCUCUAUGAAUUUUUUAUUAAUUGUGUACAUGUGGGACAUGAGAGAACAAUGUGUGGGAGUCAGUCCUUCCAGCAUGUCAGCUCUGGGGCUCCAACUCGGGUCACUAGGCUUUGGUGCCGGUGUCUUUAUCAUAACUCUAAGUCAUCCCACUGACUCGUAUUAACACACAAGAUGGCUUUCAGGUCUCACACAGGGCUUCACGAAGAUGAUCAGCUCUCCUCCAAAUGGACUGCCUUUCACUGCCUAGUUUGAAACUAAAGCUGUAAAAAUCUUUGGCCUCAUGCUUGGUGGUAGGGAGACUAGAUAAUAAUUUAUACUGGUUUGUUUCUGGAUUUUAUGUUUUAGCUUUGGACUUUGCUAUCCUGUUGCCAGUGUUAAUAAACAACUGUUCUUUGCCCUAAUUUAUUGCAUUUCUCUUUUACCUAUUGUUUGUUUUACAUCCAGCUGCUCUAUGUUUUGAUUUUCCUUUGUCCAAACAAUAGGAAGA